AUGGCCUUUGCCGACAACUCCAACACUCCGCCACAACUGGCGGCCGAUGACGGCCUGCAGGUCGCGCACCCGAUGCCGGCAGAACACGAGAAGACGCCCACGACCGGCUACCACCAGAGCCCCGUGUUCCACUACGCCCAGACGCCCACCAACAUGAGCGCAUAUGCUGCCACCCAGGCCGGCACCGUGUCCCCGCCGCCGCCGGUCAACGGCUACCCAGCGUUCCACGCAUAUGAGAGGUCGCCGGACGAGCAGAGGCGGAAAUCAGCGCCGUGGGAACUGAACCCUUGGCUGUUUGCCGCCAUCGCCGCCUUGAUCGGCAUGUUGAUAAGUGGCGCUAUCGUUGGCGGCGUGAUGGGAUCCAUGCUGACCAACAGCGACCGGAGCCGCGACCUUGCCUCAGCACCUGGCUCGCCGGAAUCAGCCUCAACGACACCAGUCGUCCAGCCACCGCCGCCAGCCUCAACCGGCACUAGCUCCGGGCCCACAACCCUCUCGUCACCCUCAGCGUCCCUAGACAGCUACAGCGUGUCGCCGCCGCGCGGCGUCGAGCGGCUCGCCUGGUACUGCCCGCGGCUGGACAAGGCGAUGGUGACGGCCUUUGGCGACGCGCGCUUCUCGUUCGAGUGCGGGCGCGACUCGCAGGGGCCCGGGCGCGAGGCCGCGGGCGCCAUGUGCGUCAUCGUCGCGCACUGGGCCUACUCGCUCGACGACCGCCUCGACUCGUGCGCGAGCUUGAACAGGCGGUCCAGCAGCGGCGGCGCGCGCGGGGACCUGCGCUGCCGCCGCCUCGUGGUCUUCCAGAACCGCAUGAAGGCCACCGUCGGCAACGGCGGCAACUGCUUCCUCAAGAACGCGACCAGGGCCGCGGGGAACAAUGGCAAUCCUAACCAGUUUGCCGUCACGGCGAGCUUGGUCACGUCGUAGGGGCUGUGUAGAUUAAUAGGUAUUCUUUUUAAUCAUGCCUUCAUAUCUGCUUGCUCGCUAGUCUGGUCCUCGUCGACCGGGCGGCACUACCCUCUCAUUGUCGUCUUCUAGGGUAUCAAAAUCGCCAUCCUGCACCAUGACUACAAAG